CUUAGGAAUUGCGAAAUAAAAUUUAAAUUGUUAGUAUUCAAUAGACUGUAGAGUAAUAGUUAUUACUUCAUCUAUGAAUAAAAUUUUAAUUAAAUAAUGAUUUUACUGAAUCAAUUAAUUAUUGUUAGUUUUUGUUUAGCUUUUCAAGUCGUAGCAGUUUUAAGUGUAGCAUCCCUAUUUCGUGAAGUUUAUGAUGAAAAAUGUGAAGUUUGUUACGAAUCAAAGCCGGUAGUAUUUUUAAACCCUUGUUUACACCGAUUGUGUGCAACAUGUGCUUUUAAUGCUCAUUAUAAAAAUGAACAAGUAUGUCUAGUUCCAUCAUGCAGAGGAUAUAUAAAAAAUUACGAAAAUAUUAAUGAUAACGGUUUAUGUUAUUCUUGCAAAGAAGAAGCAUCAUCAGUAACAAUAAUUCCAUGUUUUCAUAAAAUUGGUAAUUCUUGUGCUUAUGAACAAAUAUGCUCAAAAUCGAAAAGAUGUCCACAAUGUUACUUUUCAAUUCCAUACUUUUUUAAAAUAAAAUUAAUAAAUAAUGUUUGCCAAAACUGCUACAAUGAAAUUGGGGUAAAAAUCAUGAAGCAUUGUCACCAUUAUAUUGGAAAAAAUUGUAUAAAUAAAUAUAAAGAUCAUACGAAGUGUCCAGUAAAAAAUUGUGAAAAAAUUCAAGACCAUUCUUUGAAAAAUGACAGUGAAAAAGUAUGCUGUAUUUGUCUCAUAAAAAGAUCAUUGACAGUAACAUUAAAACCUUGUUAUCAUAAAAUAUGCAAUGAUUGUGCUAAUGAGCUAACCGUACUGAAUAUUACUGAAUGUCCAUUAUGCAGAGAAAACAUAGUAUAUUUUAAUAAUAUAGAGUUAAUAGAAAGAUGUUCAUGCAAAAAAGAACUUAGACACGUAGUCUUAGAACCUUGCCUUCACAAAAUUGGUAUGAACUGUGCUAAAUAUAUAAGUAAUAAUAAUUACCAACCCAAGUGCCCAAUGUGCAGCGAAAAUAUUGAAUUCUUCCGCACCGAUGAACCACACAUGAGUAAUUUAUUAAAUCCGUCGUAUUUAAUACGUAUCAAAAAUUUAAUGCGCAAAUAUUUGUAAAAUGAAGAACAUGGAGUAACAAGAAGGAAAUCUAAAAGAUUUCAUUUGAAUACUAUGUAUGUUAUAAUAAUAAUGGAGUAUUGCAUAAUUAUUAUAUAUUAUAAAUUGUAUCAUUCACACAUGUAAUAAUCAUCAAAUUUAUGAAAAUAUUUCAAUAAAAAAUUGUUAUCUUA